CGUCACUAAAAAAAUACCCACAUAUUCUACCAACCCGGUCAUCAAAUCUGUCAGCAGCAAGAGCAUUAAAUUAAUUACUACUGUAGUAGUAACUAAAAUUCGGAUCAUUGAGAUGAAUAUUCCUCUCAUAUAAGGACAUAAAAGUGCCAAAUCAUAAUAUCUUGGUUUGCCUGUCAACUCUAUGCCACCUGAAGCUGCUGGCAGGUUGUUUAGGUACUCUGGCCAGCUCUAUUUCAUUACUGGCAAAUCCCACUGCAAAAUCAUUUAUCAACUUAAUCAAAUUUGAAGGAUUUUAGCUUUUGAAUCAUACUUUAGGGAUUUUAAAAUGUUUUUACGAUUGAUUCCUGCUAAUUUUGUCGUUCUGCAACUGUUUCUGGGUGUGAUAAUCUUGAAUGGUUCAGAGUUUUGUGAAGGGGGAAAGACAAGUAGCUUCUUAAGAAAAAGUAAUGAUAUUUCAGUGGAUAUGCCCUUAGACAGUGAUGUCUUCCAAGUUCCUCCCGGCUAUAACGCUCCUCAACAGGAGACUUUAACUAAGAAACUACUGGUGCAUAUAAAAGAGAUUGUCACAAAACAAUGUUCAAUUUUAAUGACUAGUUGGGAUAACCAUCAUCAUUGUUAUACUCAAUGUAUCCCUCUCAAGUUGGUUCAUAUAACACAAGGUGACCACAUUGGUAGAGCUGUGAUCGUCUCUUGGACAACCCCGGAGCCUGGAUCAAAUAUUGUAACUUACUGGGCCGAAAACAGCUCAGAAACGAAAUCUGCAGAGGCCAUUGUUCUUACUUACAAGUUUGUAAAUUACACUUCUGGCUACAUUCAUCAUUGUACUAUCGCGGGCCUAGAGUUUGAUACAAAAUAUUAUUAUGAAGUUGGAUCGGGUGAUCCUUCGAGGCAAUUUUGGUUCCUAACACCCCCAGAGCCUGGUCCUGAUGUUCCUUAUACUUUUGGUCUCAUAGGGGACCUAGGUCAGACUCAUGAUUCAAACAAGACACUUACACAUUACAUGUUAAAUCCAACUAAAGGCAAGACACUUCUGUUUGUUGGAGAUUUGUCAUAUGCUGAUAACUACCCGAAUCAUGACAACGCAAGGUGGGAUACAUGGGGAAGAUUUAUUGAAAGAAAUGCUGCUUAUCAACCAUGGAUUUGGACUGCUGGGAACCAUGAAAUAGAUUUUCUUCCAGAAGUGGGUGAAACAAUACCCUUUAAACCAUAUACCUACCGAUUUCCAACACCAUUCAAAGCAUCGCACAGUACUAGUCCUUAUUGGUACUCAAUUAAAAGAGCUUCCGCCUAUAUCAUUGUCAUGGCUUCUUACUCGGCUUUUGGGAAAUACACACCUCAAUACAAAUGGGUAUUGAACGAGCUGCCUAAGGUUAACAGGACGGAGACCCCUUGGCUCAUUGUGGUAAUGCAUUGCCCAAUGUAUAGUAGUUAUGUGCAUCACUAUAUGGAAGGAGAAACUAUGAGAGUUCUAUAUGAACCAUAUUUUGUCCAAUAUAAGGUUGAUGUCGUCUUUGCUGGUCACGUCCAUGCCUACGAGAGAUCAGAACGAGUAUCCAACAUCGCAUAUAACAUCAGCAAUGGCUUAUGUGAUCCUGUUAUAGAUCAAUCAGCUCCGGUUUACAUCACUAUCGGAGAUGGAGGAAAUCUCGAAGGAUUGGUAUACGAGAUGACGAAGCCACAACCAAAAUACUCCGCUUAUCGUGAGGCAAGCUUUGGGCAUGGAAUAUUGGAUAUCAAGAACAGAACACACGCAUAUUUUGGAUGGCACCGUAAUCAAGAUGAAUAUGCUGUGGAAGCAGAUUCUCUAUGGCUUUACAACAGAUACUGGCAUCCUAUACAAGAAGACUUGGUUGCUUCUUUGUGAAAAAAUAAUACUAGUCUUUCCCUAUCGAAGAUCAGUAUGGUGCAUGUAUCCCAAUUCCCAACUUAUAACUAUUUAAAACUUUUACCAAAACUUUUAUUAUAGACUCCUAGAUAUGUUCUUCCACACUCUAAUAUAUAUAU